GCAUGCGCCCCUGCCGCGGGGGCGUCCUGCCUACAAGAUGGCGGAGGCGUGCGGGACGAAUGCGGCUCCUUUUAAAUAGGAGAAGCCGGUAGCUCGGAGCGACACAGUGGGCGGCAGCAGCGCCAACAGCAGCAUUAGCGAGGUGGCUGCGUGGAUGGGGAGCGCCCGUCGCUUCUGUUUAUAAAUAGUGAUUAUUUAAGACGUUUUGCGACUGAGGUGCGCUCGCUCGCUCGCUUCCUCCGCUCCUCCUCACCCUUCGCGCCAAGUGUCGCCGGCGGCCGCCCUCCCGCAGCCAGAUGAUGAAGAUUAAGGACAACCAGACACGCACCUACGACGGCGAGGGCUACAAGAAGCGGGCGGCGUGUCUGUGCUUCAAGAACGACCGCGAGGAGGAGGUGCUGUUAGUCAGUAGUAGUCGCCAUCCAGACCAAUGGAUUGUGCCAGGGGGAGGAAUGGAACCUGAUGAGGAACCAGGCAGUGCCGCUGUGAGAGAAGUCUAUGAAGAGGCUGGAGUAAAAGGAAAGUUGGGAAGACUACUGGGAAUAUUUGAGAAUAGAGACCGAAAGCACAGGACCUACGUGUAUAUUCUCAUAGUGACGGAGAUUCUAGAAGAUUGGGAAGAUUCGGUUAAUAUUGGAAGGAAAAGGGAAUGGUUUAAAGUUGAAGAUGCCAUCAAGAUCUUGCAGUGUCACAAGCCAGUACAUGCGGAGUACUUGGAAAAGCUGAAACUGGCCUGCUCCAGCACGAACGGGAACUCGGUGGUCUCCACACUCACAGGCGACACAGCCACUUUGUACGUGACCUCGUCGCAGUCUCCAGGAAUGCCGUCUGACCUCAGAUGAAACGGACAUUGGCGUGGCCUUGCAGAUGGUGCAGCGCGUUAAUCGAUUGCACUCUGCUUUUGCAAGCAGAGUGGUCUAGUUUAGGUUGUACAUGUAUAAAUACUUUUGCAUGAAUACUUGCAGUGUUGAUAUGAUACUUUUUAUAUGUAAGAUAGUGUUGAAAACCAAAGCCAUACAUUGAUUUAUGUUAGCAUCAUUUUGUUAGACGUGCCUUUCAGGCUACUAAAUGUUUUAAGAUUGCAUUGCACAGGAGAAUAUCUUUAAUCCUGUUUCAAUUUUAAUAUGUAUAACAAGCCACAGAUGUGAAAAUUACUUUCUCCAUUGGUGCUUUACAAUGGUAAUGUGGUAGCUGAUGAAUGUUUCUCCACUUAAAUUCUGGGAAAGGCUCGGAAUAAACACUGAAAGAUCCACUAAGAGUGGUUUUGUUCAACACUCGAUUUCAAAGUGUAUGCCUUGAGAAAUGAAUUGCCCGUUUUUAAUUAUUUGGAUAACUGAUUGGAAUUCCUCUACCCUACUUCUUCACCAUCCCCACUAAAAUCAUCUUGAAAUGAAAUGCUUGAAUCCUUGACCUGAUGUGAUGCAGCAAUGGGCUUUCAUUUCAAGGUUUCACUGAACUGCAGUUGAAAAUAUAAAUAUCUCCAGCGAUUAUUUGCUAUGUUCAUCUCUCCAAUCCUAUUACAAUUAAAAUAGCAGCCACAAAAUGCUGAAGUAACUCAGCCGGGCCAGGCAGCAUCUUUGCAGAGAAGAUUCCUUCUGUCCCGCCGAGUUACUCCAGCAUUUUGUGUCUGCAUUCGAUUUAAACCAGCAUCUGCAGUUCUUUCCUACACAUAAAAUAACAGCCACUUUGGCUUUUGUACCAAAUCUGUAACUUUCUACACUGCGUAGAUUUUAUUUAAAUUUUUUUUCACCCCUUUUUAUCUUCCUGCUUUCUUUAUUUUCUUUAUUUUGUUUGCCUUCUCUACAAACUAAUUAUCCCAUACCAAAUUCACCAUGCGAUGCAAAAAUUGCUGCUUCCUUUUGAAGUCCAGCUUGUCUUUAUAAAUAUUCUCUGCCUCUUGAAUGAAAGAACUGCCACCCUGCUAUGUGGAGGAUGCUUCAGAAGAUGAAUGGAAUCUAAUUAUUGCCUGGGCAAGAUGGAAGUUCCUCAAAUAUCCUUCGCCUGAACAUUCAAUUCCCUUUCAUGUGUCUUGUUUAAAUUUGCAAGCUUGCAAGUCUGUAUUUGACAUGCAUGUACCUUGCUCAUUGCAAAAGGUGGUGGUCUGUUUUACACAAAGUAACACUCCAGGGGGGCUAGAUUUGCCAGGGAUUGGCUAAAGUGGCUUGGACGAAUUGGGGUACAGUUUUCUUUUUUGUUUUCAACAGUUGCUAGGAAGAUUUUUAUUUUUGUUUGUUUGAAAAAGCAAGGCAAUGCUGCAGAUUUUGCAGUUGUCUUUUAUGGAUUAUCGUAAUCCAGACCCAAGCAAUCUGCCCUCCUGGUUAUAGGAGUCCCCAUUAAAAUGGAGGUGGAGUGUUUCCAAUGCAGUAAAGGCCUGGAGUACAGACUUGCCCUGUCAUCAGUGUGUAUCUGGAGCACUGUUGAUUUGCAGAGAUUCCUUCUAAUAUGUAGCACUAUCCCGGUUUGUAUCAAUGGAAAUAAUCCAUUACUUUCCCCAAACGCCCACCUCCGCUGUGGCCAACAAGCAUUUUAAUUGUAAUAUUGUGAUUGCAAACAGUAGCCAAAUCACUUCUGGGAAUGAAUCUGCCUUCUCCACUCUCAGCCUGCAGUUUUCAAUAUUGCUUCAUUUCAUUGCAGUGCCUCACUGUCGGUUGAUUUCUACCUCUGUCCUAGAAACCCAUCACCUUACAAUCUUUCUGUACGGUCCCAAAGACACCAUUUGAGAGAGUCUACUGUAUUUGAUUUUAAAAAAAUCAUUUUCUUAAUGAGACUAAUAGUCUUGAAUAAAACUGAAUUUUGAACAAUGUCA